AUGGGACAAGAUACAAAUAUUGAAAAUGAGAAUGAUUCCACAUCAAAUAAUGAGGAAGAGCAAGCUUCGAGUUCUGAUACAACAGAAAAUGUUGUUGGUAACGAUAAAAUAAUCGAUAAGUCCGAUGAGUCAAUUGAUGAUGUUCAUGAUAAUUUAUCAGUCGGCAUUUCCAGUAACGAGGAACAAAAUAUUACCUCCAAUUUAAUUUAUAACCAAGUCGAAAAAGAAAUCGAAAAUAUUGAGACGGGUAAACAAGAAGUGUUCCCAUCAUCAGAUGAUGAUUAUGAACAUACUAGUACAAGUCGUAUUGAUGAGAACUUAUAUCAAAAAGUUUUAAUUGACCAAGAAGAAUCAGACAAAAAAACGGAAAUUAUUGAAGACCGAAAAGAUAUAAAUGAUGAUGAUGAUGUAUCUAGUGAGACCAUUCAAACUUCUCUUCCAAAAUCUCAAUAUACUGAACAACAACGAGAAGAUACUUUAGAUUAUAAUAAGCAAACUCAUACUUCUAAUACAGGGGGUUCGGAUGAUAAAGAACACAAUAAAGAAGAAACUGAUAUUUCCAUUGAUAACGAUAAAAUCAUCAUUGAGUCCGAUGAUAUAAAAAAUAAUUCUACAAAUACUGGAGAUUAUGUUUCAGUCGGUGUUUCUGAUAAAGACGAUGAUGAAGAUCAUAACCCUAGUGCGAAUGUUAAAAAAGCGGAGAAUGUUGAAACUCUUAAACGAGAAAGUUCUAGUCAUUUCAAUGUACCACCAGCAGCUGAUCAAAAAGUCUUAGCUGGUCAAGAAAAUUCUGAUCAAGAGACGGACAAUGUUGAAAAUCGAAAAGAGUUACUCGAACUUUUUGAAGAUGAUGAUUCAAUCAAUCAAACUGUGACCGUUCAGACAUCUUCUCCUAAAUCUCGAAAUAUCCAACAUACUUUAGAUUAUGAUAAUAAUAGGCAUGCAUCUAAAUUAUUUAAUACAAAGGGAUCAGCGAGCGAAUUUGAAAGCGGUUCAAAAUCUGACUCUUCUCCUAAAUCUCGACAUAUCCAACAUACUUUAGAUUAUGAUAAUAAUAGGCAUGCAUCUAAAUUAUUUAAUACAAAGGGAUCAGCGAGCGAAUUUGAAAGCGGUUCAAAAUCUGACUCUUCUCCUAAAUCUCGACAUAUCCAACAUACUUUAGAUUAUGAUAAUAAUAGGCAUGCAUCUAAAUUAUUUAAUACAAAGGGAUCAGCGAGCGAAUUUGAAAGCGGUUCAAAAUCUGACCAUGAUACAAAAAGUAAAAAGAAAUCAAAGAACUAUGAUGAUGAUAUCAGCGAAUUCCCGGACAAGAAAGACAACUUUUUAUCUUCAGCGGGAUAUAAUCGUCCAAAGUCUGACCAUGAUACAAGAAGUAAGAAAUCAAAGAAAUCAGAUACGACCGUAAACUACGACUAUGAUGUUGAUUAUGAUGAUGAUAUCGGCGAAUUCCCGAACAAAAAAGAUGACUCUCCAUCUCCAACGGGAAAAAAUAUUAAGAAAGAAAGGUUUGAUCCUCCCCAUAGAGGAAAAAGCGAUGAAAUCACUCAUCGUCCAAAAAAUCAAGAUAGUCAAAGUCAGUCUUUACAUGGUGAUUUAUCAGAUGAAGAAGCUGAAAACCCAAUUUCAAAGUCUCGUAAUAUUGUGAGAAAACAAGAAAGUGAUAAUGACGAUAACGUUGAUUACGGUAGUAAUGAAGAAGGUGACAUUUCAUCUUUAAGGCGUAUCAAUAAAAAACAGGUAGAAACUCCAUAUACGAAAAAUAAAAAUAAUCAAAAUCUGAAAAAAUUGGAUAGUGAGAGUGACUCUCAGGAUGAGAAUGAAGAUUAUGAGGGAGAUGACUCUUCAUCUUCAAGCCAUUUCAAUAAAAAAGAUGCCGAGUCUUAUUAUGAGGAACAUUCAAAAGAUAAAAAUAACCAAAAUAUGCCUAUAAAAUUAGUUAAUACAAGUGACUCUCAGGACGAUAAUGAAGAUCAUGAAGAAAGUUACUCUCGUAUCAAUAAAGAUGAUGUUGGGACUGAUACCGAAGAAUCAAUAAAUGAAACCACUCGACAUAAAAACAAUAAAAAUCGGUCUACGAAAAAGAAAUUAGAUAAUGUGACUGACUUUCAGGAUGAGAGUUAUGAUGAUAAUAUCAGCGACUCCCAGCAAGAUGUCUUUCAAUCAUCAGAACAUAAUCGUAAUAAGCGAAAAGAGUCUGAUGAAUCUGAGUCUUACGGAGGACCCAGGGAUGAUACCACUCAUUAUCCAGAAAACCACAACGGUCGAAGUGAUCAUAGAGACAGUAAUAACAAAGGAAAGAAAAAUUGGAUCUCUAACGUGUCCAACGUGUUUAAAGGAUUGAUUAGUAGUAAGGGUUCGAAUGAGAUUAAAGUUAUCUUCCAUGUUCAUUGUCCGGAGGAUAUUGAUAAUGUUUUUGGAAAACCUGUUGUUCUUGGAAAUAUAAAAGAACUAGGUCAUUGGAAAACUCCUACCAUCAAAUUUCGUAAAAUAAAUCAAACGUAUUGGCGAUCCGAAACAGUUAUUAUAUCUCUAUCUGAAGUUGAAAGUAAUGAAAUUCUAUAUAAAUAUGCUAUUUGUGUGAAUACUAGAUAUUAUGGUAAUGGAGAAAUAAUAUUCGAAGGAAAUGGUAGUCGAGACAAUCGCACGUUGAAUAUCGAGAGAAAUGAUCAAUUUGACAUAUUUAAGAGUAAUAAUCAUUAUAAAUUAAAAAAUAUACGCGACUUUGCUUUUGUGGACUAUAUUUUUAAUUCCAUCAGAGAUAAUAACCUUAAGGAUAAAGUUAUGGAAUAUCAACAUUUAUUAAAAUUUCACUAUGAUUAUACGAUCACCUCAUCAAAUUACAACCGCAUUGCUAAUCGUAUUGAUGAUGGAUUAAAUAGAGACAAACUACUUUUCUUAUGUCUUCUUUUAGGAUACUACACUUUAAAGAUGCAAUGUCAUUUCCAUGAACUAAAAAAUACAUUCCCAUCUGGAGUGUUACUUGAAGCACUUUAUGACUAUAAAGAAGGAACUUUACCUUCAAAUACCAAAGACCAAAUGUAUAGUGGCAUUAUGAUCUUAAUCCAGCAUAAUGCUGCUCUGAUGCAGUUUGAUUGGCUCACUAUUUUUACAAUUGCGUCUGAAGUUGAUCCUAAAUUUUCUUUCAUUGAUCAGUUGAAAUUUUUAAAGUAUACUGAUGAGGAUUUAUCGAAAUUUAUUCAAGGAUUAAAAAUGGUCAAACCUUACAUGGAUGGCAUUGAACCCGAAAUUUAUAAUAAACUUGCCAAGUGGUUAAUUCAAUUAUGUAAUGAUAUGGAUUACCUUUUUCCGCUUUGGAAUGAUAUUCUUUUCCAUAAUAACAAAAUUGAUAAAAUUAUUUUUAAGAGUUUUAAUGACAAACUUCGAGAAUUUAUCUCUCAUGAUGAUGCUGUUGACUUAGAACAUCAUUUUAAGAGAGUUCCGGCUGAUUAUCGAUUUGACGUGUCUGAAGUUUUCCGAUCUCGUGCUUUGUUUUUAUUUGAAGGUUUGAACGGAAAUUGGACAAAGGAAAAUAUCACUGCUAUUACAGCCCUUCUUCAUGAUGAUAUAUAUUGGACUAGAGAGGAUGUUAUUUUAUCAUUAGAUUUGGUAUCUCAGUCUAGAACUUUAGAAUUAUUAGACAUAUUUCCAGAAAUUUUAGAUGAGUGGUUCCGUAAUGAUUUUUUUGAUAAGGAGAAGAAGAUACCAAAAAUCUGUGUAACUUGGUUUAGAAAUCUUUUACUCAAACUUGACACAGGUACAAGCACAAGCAAUAAAAAAGAUAACAACAUUGUAUUUUUAGUAUUUUUACGAUUAGAACGCAUGUACCCCUUACUUAGUCAUCGAAAAAAUGUUUGGCAAAGUUUGACAACCAUUGCUGUAGAUAGGGUUAAAGUGUGCUCGGAAUCUCGAAUAUUUGCCGCAACAAAAUUUUUAAUUCGGAUAGAACAACAAGAAAUCAAGACGUUGUUUAUAGAUAUGGUUAAAGAAAUGCUAAAUAAGUCUGUUCAACAAAUUAACGAUCAACUAGUAAAUAAAAUAUAUACAAUAUGCGAUUGCAAAACAAAGAUUUUGACGGUUCCAAACUUAAUAAGCGAAGAAAUUUUGUGUCAUAUCAUGAAUAGAUUGCAAAGUCAAUUUACUGCAUCAAAUCCUUCAGAAUUUCAUUUAAAUAUUCUAGGAGCUAGUGAACUUUGGAGAAUUAUAUUAUGCGCUACUGGAGAUGUUACAAAACUUCAUUCCAAUCCAUUUGUUAAACGUGUUAAAGCAUCUAUCAAUGAACUCGGUGGAUUACUCCGUGAAAAGACGGUUGACAUACAAUUAUUGCAACAGCUCUUGGAAUGUAAAAAUGAAAGAUUAUUUCAACAUUUUGGUGCCGCUGUUUCCAAAAAGAAAAAUAUAGGUGAUGUGAUUGUUUCGCGAGACGAAAUCGCGGAACUUAGAAAGCUUUGUAACAACUUUCAAACUCAACUUGAUGUCCUUUUUAAGUUUUAUACCGAGUUUUGUCCAGCUUCCCAAGUAGAAGAUGUGGAUGAUUACAUCCAAGAUGUAAAACAACAUAUGCCAAAUUCAAAUAAAGUGAUGUUGAAAGAGGCAAUAUCGCCAGAUUAUUGGGCAUUUCAUGGAAAAACUUUGGAGAGUGCAGAGCGUUGCUACAAAUAUAAUCAAUCUCGAUCUUUUCGAAAUAUCUUUGAAGUUUGUAUCCGGGAAGAUACUGCUGCCACAAAAGUGGAAUACAUAGCGCAAAGAUUGAUACCGGCUGUUUUUGAAAGAUAUAACGCUAUUUGUAAACAAUUUAGGGAAUGGGAAAAACUUAAAAUUUCAGAUAUGGCUUUGUUUUGUGAAAAUGUUACAAAUAUUAAUGCGGAACUUGAUUUAAUAGAUGGAUAUAAAGGUCACAAGAGUAACAAAUUCGUACAAACCCUUGAGUAUAUUUCAAGGAUUCCUCACUGGAUUGAACGACUCAAAGAAUUAGAAACAGUUUUACAACUUUUUAAUAUAGCACGUAAUAAAGAUGAUUGGCUAAAAGAAUCGAUUGACUCUUUAAAAGGCGACUCCUUAAAAGACGAUUCUUUAAAAGGCGAUUUUUUAAAAAACAAUUCUAUGAAACUUAGUCAAAUAAUUAGUUUUUUCGCUAACCUUGAUAAAAAUCUUUACAAUGUUAAUGAUGAAUGUUGGAAAUUAAUAAAAGAGUUAUCAAAUGCAGAUGAUUUUAUAAACUUUUUAAAAGAAAUUGCUGAGCAUGAUAUCAAAAAUUUGAUUAAUGGUGUGGAUGACCAUUCGGAUGAAAGAUUGAUUCAAGAGGAUACUGUUUCAUCGCUUAUUCAAGUAAAGCGAUUUUUAUUACCUUUUAUGAAUAAUAAUGAAAGGGAAACUAUUAAAAGCUUUUUAGUUUCGUUAUCAAAUGUUAUAGACGAGAAUCCUACUUUAGGGAAAAAGAUUGCCUUAUGUAACAGUUGCAAUAUGGCAUUACGAAAUAUGUAUCAGAGCAUUGAAAAUCGUGGUGAAGCUACUAAAGAAAAAAUUAAGAAUGCCGUACAAAAUGGAUCUUACACCUUUGGACGGGAUGAAAAAGAAGACAAGUGUUUUGUUUCGUUAAAAUAUACUUCUAGGACUUCUAAAUCAGAAAUGAUAAUGACUUAUAAUAUGAAUGAAAUCUUGGAUUUACGUGGACGGGCUCUUUUGAUUGCAAAACCUAAGAUAAGCGAAAAUGAUGUAACUCAUGAAAAAGAUGAGGAAAUGCCAAAAAAUAUUAUAGAUGAGUUUGUUGUUCAAGUUGAUUUAGCACAAGAAAUAAUUGAUGUGCUGUCCUUGUUAAUUCAGUUGGGGCAUUUUGAUUACAGAAAGUUUGAAAAAGAAUUAAUAGGAAAAAAUAAAAAAGAUAGUAUGAAAAAGUAUUUGGAAUUCUUAAGGGGCGAGCUCAAAAAUUGGCAAACUAUAGUAGAUAAUGCACAAGAAGAGUGUUAUUAUUUAACAUUCUUCCCUGCCCGUCAUAUUUUGGCGUUCUAUGAUUAUUUCACGUCAGAAAAAUUAGAUGAAGAAAACGAAGAAGAAUGCAAAACAUUAAUUAGAGUUGUGAACAGCAAAGCUCAAUUACCACCUCGUAAGGAUAUUAAAGGAAUCUCACGUGGAUCUAAGGAUUAUUUUAAAAUUCUUUGUGAAAUUGGAAAUGAAUUAGAGAAGAUUUUCAGAAAUAUUCAAAAACAACCGCGUAGACUUAAGGCUGCUGGAAAACGCGUAGCAUCGGAUGUAGUUAAAAGAGGGAAAUUAUUUAUUGCUGCUUGUGCUGACAAUAUACUAGUCCCAAACAUUAUUAUGUCAUUAUAUGCUAAUCAUGGAUAUUAUCCGGAACUGUGGCAACUCCUAAUAUGUACUUCUUCAACUACGAUGGAAGAACUAACAAUCUUCAUAAAAAGAAGUUAUUUUGCGUCAGACAAUGGCUAUGAAGACCACUUAUUUUGUAUUGCAAAUUUAGAAUUAUUGGACUUUGAAUUACAAUAUGAUUUAGUUAAUCAAAUUAGGUCAAUGCAAGAACAAGAGGGCUAUCUUUUAGCACUCAUUUGUUGCAGAGAGAAUGGAAUCCAUCAUCAUAUUUUAGAUCAAUUCUCUUCAGAUGUUAAGGCAACUAAUGGAUUAAAUAAUGAUUCCAUGAGAAGAAUUUAUAGGGAAUUGUGUCAGAAUGUCAUACGUGUUUCUUCUGAUUUAUCAGGACAGGGCAAAACUGAAUGGAUUAAAGAAGAUAGUUUCAAAAAAAAGAAAAUUCCACGUAGCUUUUUAAUAAGCGAUGAUAUGGAGUUUAGCAGGCUUGUAAGUCAAUUAAAAGAAUGUAAACUCCGACCUGUAGAAAGUUUACACAUAAAUAUAGUAUCAGCUAACUAUCCGGGAGACGUCAACAUGUUUUUAUUUGAAUUAUUAACUUUGGGUAUGGUUUCUACGAAUGUUGAUAUAGCUUGUCUGCCUUCAUCAGAAACACCUACACAUAUAUUUAUCGAAAUAGCUUCAACUACAGAACAGAAUAUACUUAAUUCUCUUCCUAUGACAGGAUAUUUAUUAUUCAAUCAUAUAUCUUGGAAUAUUAAAAGUUUGAAAGCUUCUCAAGUAAUUAAUAGUCCAAUUCAGGUUACUUGUCAUUAUUUGAAUUUAUUGGAUCGUAAUGAUAUAGAUUCAAAAGAGAUCCUCUUCCGGACAGAUAAAGCAAUUAAAGAUCCACUAUCAGUAGAACGCUGUCAAAAUCUUAUUGAAAAAUAUUUCUUUAAUAAAGGCAGCAAAGAUAUUUCUUCUUUUAGAUUUUUUGAAAUAUUUAUUAAUGUACUCACAGAUCAAUUAGUUCGAUUUUCAUCAAGUCAAUUUUUAACUGUAGAUAAUCUCAAAUUAAUGGUAAAAGAAACUAACAUUAGAAAACUUAUAUUAAGAACCUUAAUAAAUGUUUCAAAAGAUUUUGCAACCAGAUCUAUUAAAACAAAAGAGGCACAGAUAGAAUCUACAAACGCUAUAGAUGCAGAUGAUGAAAACGCUCGUCUUGGUACAAUAGUUCAAUGGGACGACUCAAAUCAUCUUAUAGUAUUUUUCAAUUCUCAAACUCCCGAUUCAAUAUCAGCAUUAUAUCGAGACAGAAAUAAAGUUAAUGAAAAUGUAAAAAUUUUAUUAAAAAGUCAAGUAAUUGAAGAUCGAACGAAAUGGGUGUUAGAUGAUUACAAUUCGAUGACUCCAGAAGAUCUUUUCUUAAAAUUAGAGUGUUUGGCACGAAGUUCAACAGAAAAAUUAGAUCUUCCCGAAUAUGCUUUAUCUGGUGAUAACUUAAUAAAGAUGGCCUUAAUUCUUUUAAGAGCACGUGCGAAUAUUCCAGUGAUAGUUUGUGGUGAAGCAGGAUGUGGCAAGACAAGUUUGAUCGCUUAUCUGGCCUUGAUGGUUGAAGUUCAAUUCCGGCCACUUAACCUUCACGCCGGAAUCGAUGAAAAAACUAUUAUGAGGUUCAUGAAUGAUUCUUUAGAAAAAGCAGAAAAAGGCGAGAUUUGGUUAUUCUUUGAUGAAAUCAAUACUUGCAAUUAUAUAGGUUUACUCGCUGAUUUAAUAUCCCAUCGAAUGCUUAAUGGGAAACCAAUACACCCAAAUAUCCGUUUAUUCGCUGCUUGCAAUCCAUACCGUCUUCGUACGAAAGCUCAAAGCCAAGCCGGUUUGACAAAUAGAGUUAAAAACUUCGAACAAAGUAAACUUGUUUAUCAAGUCAAACCACUUCCUGAUCAAAUUUUAGAUUAUGUUUGGGACUACGGUAUUCUGAAAUCAAAAGAUGAACACAGAUAUAUUCAAAUUAUGGUUGGAAAAGAAUCAAAAACUUUAUUCCAUCCUGAAUUUACAGAACUUCUAUUUGCUUCUCAAGAAUUCAUUCGUAAGGUUGAGGAACGAUAUAGUGUGAGCUUACGUGAUGUUAAACGAGCUAUAAGUUUAGUGAAAUUCUUUCAUAAUUCUCUUCAAAAUCGUCCGUUUUGGAGGGAAGGACAUACAUAUCCACCACCUGGUAAACUAACAGUAAGGAUCAGAUCUUAUGUUCUGGCACUUAGUCUUUGUUAUCAUUCUCGGUUGUAUGAACAAGAUUUACGUAAACAAUAUCGUCAUGAAAUGGAACAAAUAUUACAUGAACAUAAUCCUUAUGUAGGAGAAAAUAUGUUUGCUAAAAUUAUUCGUGAAGAACAGGAAGAUUAUAUUAAUAGGAUGCAAUGUCCACCUAAUACGGCAUAUAACGAAGCUUUAUUAGAAAAUGUUUUGGUUAUGAUCGUAUGCAUUUUGACAAAAAUCCCUCUGUUCCUUAUAGGAGCGCCGGGCUCUUCAAAAUCGUUAGCAGUUCGUCUUAUAAGCUCAAAUUUACGUGGUCCUGAUUCAAGUGAUAGGUACUUUAGAAAAUUAGCACAAGUUUACUUAAUUCCACAUCAAGGCUCUUCAUCUUCAACUUCUGAAGGUAUCAUAAAAGUUUUUGAGAAGGCAAAUAAAUUUCAGGAGACAACUUCCAAACAAUUUCCUGUUGCUAGUGUUGUUUUACUUGAUGAAGUUGGUUUGGCUGAAACAAGUCCUUUCAAUCCAUUAAAAGUACUUCACUCUUUGCUUGAACCAAGUUAUCCAGAUACAGAGCCAACUGUUUCAGUGAUAGGGAUAUCUAACUGGCGCUUAGACAACAGUAAAAGUAGUCGUGCAUUACUUGUUCAAAGACCACAAUUUAAUUUGAAUGAUUUAGUUGAUACUGCUGAACGCUUAUUAAAUGAAAGAGCUAUUGCAUCUGGUCAGAGAGGCGCCUUAAGACCUUUAGCUAAGGCAUAUUCAAAUUUUGAAAAACAUGGCCAAUCUUCGUCCAACUUCCACGGUCUUCGUGAUUAUUAUGCACUGGUUAAACGUCUUUCAUUAAACGAAAUGACUCCGGAGAAUAUUCAAAUGGCAUUAGCCCGUAAUUUUGGAGGAACAGAUAAUCAUGUCAAAUUAUGCGAUCAAUAUUUUGGAAAUGUUCUAAAAAUGUUUAAUAACCAUAAGCCAUGGACAUAUAAACAAGUUCCAGUCGAACAAUUAAUUGAUACAAACUUAAAAGAUUCUGAUGCACGACAUUUAAUGGUUAUUGGUAAAAGUGAUUCAAUUGUAAAUUUGCUGACUUAUCAGCUAAGAAAGAGAGAUCCUGUUGUAAUUCUAGGAUCACAAUUUCCUGAUGAUCAAGAGGAUUAUUAUUAUAGUGUUUUGAGAAAAAUUAUGAUGUGCGUUGAAGCAGGCAGACCAUUGAUUUUAACAGAUUUAGAAAUAAUUUAUGGGAGUCUUUACGAUUUAUGGAAUCAAAAUUAUAUUGUGGUAGGAAGUAAAGAUAAUGUCAAAUACUUUACGAGAGUUGCACUUGGAGCGUAUGCCAAUCCUAUGCUUUAUGUUUCGCCGAAUUUUAAAUGUAUUCUUGUUAUGGAUGAGAAUAAAUUGGCUUUGGCUGAUCCUCCACUUCUUAAUCGAUUUGAAAAACAAAAAAUGUCGAUUAAUGACAUACUUGACAAUAACCAAAAGUUAUUUUAUGAAAAUUUAAAUGAUUGGGCAAGAAAAUUCUCAACUUUGAUCGACAAUAAUCAAGCAACUCAAUCACGUAAUAAGUUUACCCAGAAAGAUCUAUUCAUUGGAUUUGAUAAAAAUGAAACCUUACAAAGUUUAAUUAUCGACAUUAUGAAGAAUAAUCCCGAAGCAGAUGAAGAAGAAAUAUUAGAAAAAUGCAAAGAAUGUUUGAUUGCAACGGCGACUUCUGAUGGUGUUGUGAGAGCCGAGUUAUCAGCUUUAGAGCGAGAUGAAUUUGAAAAAUGGAAGCAUGUUUAUUUCAAUCAACAGCAUCAUGAUAGUCUUUAUGAUUACUUUGAUAAUCAAGGAACAUCAUCGGUUCCUAAUGGGCAUUUAUUAAUUAUAAACACCUUCUCCAAUAUCAAUACGGAUGUUAUGUUUUGUUUACGAAAAUUUAGUUGUCAAGUAGAUAAAUUGUCGAUUUUUAAGACUGAAGCUCAACUUUCGAAUCGGGUAAAACACUUUUGGUCUGAAGAAUCAAAUGAUCAAAUGCUAAUCCUCCAAUGCGAUAUAACUACUGUUAGUACUGGUUGUAUUAAACUAGCUAAAUUAAUCAUCGAACAAUUCCGAAAAGACUUUAUAGCAAAGAAAGAUCAAAUGGAGCAUAUUGUACCUAUGAAGCAUGCGUGUAUCAUUCUUCAUAUUCAUCGAGAGCAGGAAUCCACCUUUUCGUCUUUUAAUUUCAUGUGCGGCUGGAAACAAAUAACUAUUGAAACAUUAUCAGGAAGUAACGUUCCUACAUCAGGUCUCUUGGAUGGGUCUUUAUCUCGUAUUGUUGAUUCUACUUAUCCAUUUGAAAAAAUUUUACAACAAGAACUAUUAUGGUGUCUAUCAUGUAUGAAAUAUCCAUCGAAAGAUAAGUCAAUCAAUCAUAUAAAAACAAUAAACGAAAAAAUCCUAAAGUGCCAAGACUUUAUUAAAUGUUUGAAAGUAAGAAUUCUUGAAUGGAUCAAACAACAACCUACAAAUGAUUGGCAAUAUAAAGUCGCAUCAAAUAAACAAAAUUUAUACCCAUACCCUUCAUUUUCUGCAGCACUACAAACUCACAUUAGAACACUGUUUAAGAAACCGAUAGCUCAAAUUUUAUGUGCUUUGGAAAGAUUAUCAGCAACAAAAACAUUUUUCUAUAUUAAAGAACGAGCAAGAUCAAAAGGAAACUAUGAGAAAUUACUUAAGUUUUGGGAACAGGUUUAUAUGGAUAAGAAAAUUGUCAAAAUUGAAAAUACGCAAAAUCCAAAACAUGAUGGAUAUAAUAUGCCGGCAGGAAGUUUACUUGAUCUUGAAUUCCCAUUUUCAUUAUAUUUUAUGAACCAAAUUAAUAGUUUUAAAAGAAUUUACGAAGAAGAAAUAGCUAAAUUACAAGAAGAUAAUGAGAGAAUUGAUGAAGAAACCAAUGAACUAUACGAUUACGUGAUUGAGGAUCAUUUGAAAGAAUUCAAAGAUAAUAUUCUUACGUCAAUACCGCUAUUAAAAGAAAAAGAUUCUCCAUUCGAAUGGGAAUGGGCUUCUGAACUAUAUUUCAAUGACUUUGUUACUAUUAUUGCGUCAAAAGAUGGUGAAACAAAGAAUAAAAAAAUGUUAGCGUCAAUCUUGAAGUUACUCAUCGGUGAUAAAACACGCAAACCAAUUUUGCUUCAUGCAUAUUGGUGGGAAAAUGGCAACGAAGUUUUAGCUCAAUUACAAUUGGCUCAAAUGUCUCCAAUGAUAAUUAAAAAUAUCGAAAUUCAAGGAAAUGUUACUGAUGGAGGAAAUAUUGAAAAACAUCUUGUCAAAGAAUUGAUAAAAUUGAUGUUGAAGCAAAUUAGUGGAAAUUUCGAAGGCGCAGGAAAUUCUCAUUCGAUUGAUAAAUGGCAACAUGACGUCACAAAAAUAUUAUCUCUUGUUAGUAAGGUAACGCGAGCAAAGAAUUUACCAGAUCUUCAAUUGUUACGUAUUGUAAACGAUUUAGUUGCGACAAAAUCCAUUCCUUUAGAUAGUAUUAGAGAAAUUGUUCAACUUGUGUUAAGUUCGGAUGAACAAGGAGUUCUCUCAGAGAAAUUUGUCAGCACCGUACUUAAUAAGCUAGAUAAAUUAGAACAAAAUGAGAAGAAUAUAAUUCCAAGAAGAUCAUUCAUCAUGAGAUGCCUUGCAUUGAUUCCAAUAGAAUCAGAAGUCCGACUAAGUUUAUAUGAGAAAUUAUUCUCGAAAGAACCUUUUCCAUUAAUGGGUGCAAUCAUCGAAAGAAUCUUUCUUAAAGAAGACAGAGAUAUGUUCUUUUUAGUAAUUACAGAUUUCGAAGAAGCUUUAAUACAAUCUCCUCGAUUAAAUAUUAUCAAUAAAUGUUUAGGAGAUUUAGAUACAAAUAUGGCUACUUUGUGUUGUGAUACCAUUGAACAGACCUUCUUCAUGAAUGAAGAAUUAGAAAGUUUAGGGGCUUAUAUUGGACCGGCUCUUGAAGCUUUAUAUAAAAAAGGAAUACCAUCAUUACAAAAAAUAACUUCUAUUGCUUUACUUAAAGAAUUCGUUCGUCGAUUCUGGGACAGUUUUAUUAGGAAAGAUAAUAAUGAUCCUGACCAAAUGGAGGAAGACGAUUUUGAUAACGAUCUUGAUAACGAUUUUGUUACUAAUGAAUUAAUUGGUCAAAUUAACAAUAUUUUGACAUUCGUUCAUCCUUUGAUUGAUUCUUUCAAAAUUUACUUUUUAAGAGAUUUAUGUCGAAGAGAUUUUUCAAUGGAUGAUAUUAGAAGAUUUUGUGACGCUCAGAAACAUCUUUUACCGUGGCUUGGAUCUUUCAAUUGGGAUGAGAUUAAAGAAAAUCGAUUGUCAUUUAAUCCAUAUUGUUAUUUACCUGAAUAUAAUGUAGCUGAAAAUAGUAUUAUGGAUUUCUAUAGUGUAGGAAAUAAGGCACCUUUUCAAAAAUUUGUCCAAAACAUGAAUCAAAAUAUGACUUUAACGGCAAAAUUAUCUUUAACGGGGCUUUUCUUUGUACGUCUUCAUGCUUUGAGAGCUUCAAGAGAAUGGCAACAUUCAGAAGAGCGAUCAGAAAAAUUCUUGACACAAGAACUCGAUGGAAUAAAUCUUCCAGAUUUACUUAAACCAAUUGCAACAAAUAUCUUGUCGAAUAAACAACCUCUCCUUAAAAUUGAUAGCCCGGAAAUUAAUAAUACUGAAUUGCUUAUAAAAUCCGUUAUUGCUCAUAUCAUCAUAUUUCACGCAUCGGUUGAACCGAAUUCAUCUCAAUUAGCAAUGUAUUUACACAAAUUACUAGAUUGUCAGAACUCGUUUAUUUUAUCAUGCAUGUCUGACGUAAAAUCAACGGUGUUAAACGCCGUUGCUGGAAAAACAAAUACAAACAAACUUACAAGAUAUGUUUGUAAGUGCGGAUAUAAAUAUUUCAUCGCAAAUUGUGGUGGAACUGUUAUUACUAGUAAAUGUCCGGAGUGUGGAAAUACUAUCAGCGGAGUGGGUCAUAAACCAGCAGAAGGAAACACUAUACUCGAUAAUAAACCAAUUGCUCAAUCAGCAAACGAUCAAACAGGAUACAUUGGAGAACUAGCUAAUCAAAAUUUGUAUCACUCUGUCAGAUAUAUGACGCCUACAUCAUAUCGUGUUUUACAUUUAAUUGUUCAUGCUCUUAUUGGAGCCUCUGCACCUCAAACUGCCCUUGCCUUCCUUCAAAAAAAUGAUCAAACUGCCACAGAUUCUGAAAAUUAUUGUAUGGACCAUAUUCGAAAUGAUUGGGAAAUGCUGAAAACCCUUCUUAAUUGCUCAGAUGAGAAUUUGGCGUUAAUGUUCCAUUCAUUAAUUUCUUCGAUGAUGGAAAAACCAUUAUCGAAUCAACGAGUAACAACAUCUGCCGAGCGUGAAAAGUGGGAAACAGAAUUCAAUGAUUAUAUCACACCGCAAAUUAAAAAUAUAAAUGAAACGGCAACUAAUUAUCGUGAAAAAUUAAGCGAAUCUCGAAACAAAAAUCAAAAAGGUAACUUAAUUGAAAGUGAAAUCAAUCAAACUUUAGUUAUGGAUCAACGAUAUCGAAGUGAAAAUUUACCAAACUUGUGGAGAACGAUUGGAAUGAUUAGUUUCAACAGUUUCCGCGCUUAUUAUAUGAGCGAUACGACAAGAAAUAACGAUUAUCCAUUCCUCUCAGUAUUUUUGAAAUAUACUCAAGAAUUAGAAUUACUCGAACAUCUUUUACCUAUAGUAAAGUUUGUUCAAAUUUUGCAUUCCAAACUUGGAUAUCAGUUAGCAAGACAAACUGCAGGAGAAAUGACUUUCAGGAAAUUUAUAGAAUUAAAUAGUGGUGGUAAUAAAGAAAUUUUCAAUAGCUUGAAAACAGCUUUUGACGACUUUAAACUUGGUUGGAAUACAGUAAUAUCUCUCGUAGAUCGGUAUCAACUUCCCGAUAAUAAGCCAACCAUUAAAGAUGAUUCACCAGUUGUUCUUGGUUUAGUGGAACAAAAAGAUUCAGGAAUUUACUUAUGCGCAAUUUUAUACCAUUUAGUUAAUAUACAAAAUAAAUUCUUACAAGAAGUCAUUGAAAUUCCACCUGGAACUUGUAAAUCUCUCAAAUUUUUAGAUGAACCUUCAUUUGGUUUUGGAUCGUCAAUAUCAAAAACAAAACCGGAAACACCCAAUGGAUAUUGCCUUCAAUCGAUGUAUCUUGAUCAAGUUCGUUCCGUUAAUAUCAUAAAUUUUAAGUGGAAUGAUAGAAUUCUUGCAUAUAGUCAAAGAAAUUUAGCAAUUGCUAGAGGAGAAGAUAUUGUUUAUGAUUUGACAAAAAUUGAGAUGGAAUUGGCAAGUAUUUUAGUAUUUGAAAAAGUUUAUAUAGAAACUCAACCAGGUUCACAAUUAUAUCUAGAAGUUUUCCCAUAUCAUUUGGAGUUAUUCCAAGGACAUAUGAGAAUUCUAAGUGAUAUUAAGGAUUUAAUAAAUCAGGAACCAAUUCCAAUUGAAAAGGUGGAUUUAUUAGGUUUUUCUAAAAAUUCUGGAUUGCAACCUGCAUUGGAACCAGCUCUAGAUAACGCGUCAGAAAUUUUAUCAUCAUUGGAGAUUCUUUUAUGUUUCGUCAAACGUACUGCAGUUGGAGAUGGAGAAAAAUCAAUUAAAAAUUAUGUUUCACAGUGGAUGAAAUUAUCAUCAUUAAAUGAACAUGAAAGAUUUUCUAAAAUGUUAAAAGUGGAUUUACGACUUAAACAUUUAGUUUCUUUAUACGAACUCGUCGAAGAACAAGUUGCCGAUGUUAAAAUUAAAUAUAUUCAUGAAAAAUAUAAGGAAGAACUUUCAGCAGAUAUGAAGAUGGCAAUAACGAAUUCCGUAGAUUUUGAACAGCAAACUACAAUGAAAAAAGCCAUACCAGCAGAAGCGUUCGCUUUAGCUUUAAAACGAUUCAUGUUACGAUAUUUAACUUUAGAAAAUCAAAAAGAAAAGGAACCGUUAUAUCAUUAUUUACGAGAUAAUAAUACAUUAAAUUUUUGGCCGUCUACAAUUCCAGAAGAACUUAUUAACAAAUUAUUUCCGAAAAAUUUGUUAGUGGCUAAUACAUAUGAAGCUUAUACAUUCAUUAUUAAGAAAACGAGGACCAAACAGCAGGCCAAACAGGCCAAGGCUAAGCAGGCUAAACCGGCUAAACAGGCAAAACCUGGCAGAAGAAAGCCUGAUGAAUUUAUUGACAACAUGUAG